AGUUUCGAAUGUGCCCCAAACACAACAUGUUACUAAAGAGUUACAACGUAAUCGUUCUUCUUCAAAAUCAAUUGAUACUUCGGUAUCUCCUGAAUCUUCACCACCUCCAAGUCCACCCGUUCGACAGUUAUCUUCAUCCAUUCCACCCGAUGUAAAACCACGUCAUUCAUCACGAUCUUCUAGUAACGCCAGUCCAAUAAAACAAACAACUUCAGUGUCAACAGCAGAAACUGCAAACAAUAUUGUAGAGCUACCCGAAAGACGAAAGCGUUCAAUUGAUUUAAUUGAAGAAUCCACCAAUUCGGCUACAUCUGUUGAAUACGCCGAGGUUAGAAAAUAUUCCAUUGAUACAUCAUUUACGUCACAUCAAGUCCAACCAAUUAGCUCAUCACCAAGCUCUGGUCUUAGCAUUUCGGGAUUAUCGAGUCCAAAUAAUACAGAGGAUGAGAAGCAAGAAAAUGAAUCAAACGAAAAAACAGAUCUAUACGACGAAAUCAUCACUGAAUAUCGUCAAUCAAAGUUGAAUUCAGAGAAUCAACAAACGGAGGACAUUUUCUCUUCAAAACGAUCUACUUUUGUACAACCGAUUGUGACGAUUCAAAGCUCUGCAUCAUCAUCAUCAUCACAUUUUCCAAGUGUAGUCAGCGUAGAUGAAGGUGGAUUUAAUGAGCCUUCACCGGAGAUAAAAGCGAAAUUAAAGCCGGCUUACUCACAUGAAACAACAUCAUCCACGCCAAAUACUCUUGAUAAUAUCGAUGUUACUGAUGAUUCCAAUCAGCAUUCGUUACACUAUGUGGACUUCGGGUAUCGAUUGAAUCCCGACGGUAGUGAAAGUAAACAGUGUUUUAGUGAUGAAAACUAUGAUUUGGCACAAAACAACAAUGGAAAUGGAAUUAGUAAUGGAGGCGUUGAACGCCAACGAAGUGAUAAACGAACUAUACACUAUCCGGUGGCAGAUUCUGUUGUUUAUGCCGCCAUUAAAUCAGAGCCAUCGUCUUUGUCUCCUCCAUUUGAUAAACAAAAUUAUCGCAUUGAUGACGGUUAUCCAAAUGAUGAUAAUGUGUCAGAUAUUGACGAAAAGUUUGAACAAAUUUAUAGUUCGGCUACAAAAGAUCUCGAUAUAAACGACGAUGAUGUACAUUUACCGGAUGGUGAUUCCUCAUUCAACUUAGAUAAUGUAGAAUUCGCUGAUGCUAGCGACAAAGAGGAUCUACCAGAUGCAAUGACAUCUUACGAGGCUGAUCGACUGUUGAGUUCUAGAAUUUUGGAAAGCAAAAUUGGACAACAGUCAAUAUUAUCAGAUGAAGAAGCUCGAGAAGUUGAGGAAUUGCUUCAACACCAACGAGAAAACUCAGUUUCUAGUCAAGUUUCUCUGAAAAAAGAAGAAGCCGAUCAACAAUCAAAUUCACAAUCAUAUAAUGAUGUAACUAGGUCACCGUCUGAAUCCAUAAAAUCAAUACCACCACCAUUGCCAACGCAGCCACCGCGCUCGAAAAGCAUACGACCAUCAAAACUUGAGCAUUCUUCUACAAACGAACUGAAUUCUAAUUCAGAAUCAAAUCAAACUGAUUCGAUUCAGGGAUCAUAUUUAUCAUUAAACGAUCCAGAUCAAUUUUUUAUACCAGAAUAUCCUCCAAUUUCACCGAAGGAGGUAUACAGUGACUCAGGCGUGCAUUAUUUUGAAGAUGGUAAUUUCUGGAUGGAGAUUCCCGGUCUAUUAGAUUGUGAUGAUGAGGAUGAUGAUGAUCUCGAUUACCCAGUAUUCGUUAAGAAAAACAGUAAAAUUAAAUUCAGUAAUGGUCCAAUAAAGGUUUUCUCCACAUACUCAGUAAAUGAUUAUGAUCGUCGAAAUGAAGAUGUUGACCCCGUUGCUGCCUCAGCAGAAUAUGAAUUGGAAAAACGAGUGGAGAAAAUGCACGUUUUUCCUGUCGAACUUCAGAAGGGGUCGGAUGGACUUGGUCUCAGUAUAAUCG